UGACGCCUCUCAAAGAAGCUCGUCGCCAACAUCUCACUAUCCGACGACGUAAAUGGUAUCCAGCGUUCAGCCUUCACAAGGUCAAAGAAAUGGAUUGUCUAGUUCGCGGAACUAAUUUUUUGCUAAGAAAUAUUGAAGCGGAGUCAUUCACCUACGAUCAUCACAAUGAUAAAUGUCGCUAUCACUUUGAAACCAUUCGACCGUCCGUCAUCUGUCCGUACUUGCUGGUCAACGUUGGGACCGGUGUUUCCGUUUUCAGGGUGGACAGUGAUGACAAAUAUGAACGGGUUGGAGGCAGUUCAUUAGGUGGUGGAUGCUUCUUCGGAUUAGCGAACCUCCUCACUUCAGAAGUAGAGUUGGAUGAGAUGAUGCGAAUGGCAGAGGACGGCGACCAUCGUCAGUUCGAUUUAUUGGUAUCCGACAUUUAUGGGGGAAAUCCGAGUAACUUGGGUCUUGGCGGUGACCUCAUAGCAGCAUCAUUUGGCAAAUGUGCGAAAAAAUCUGUUGCAGAUGAGUUGAGAAAGUACCCAGAUUUCAAAAUGAAUGUGACGCGAAGUCUUUUGCUUAUGAUAAGCAACAGCAUCGGACAAUUCGCUUUUAUGUAUGGGCAGAGAGAAAAGACGAAUCGCAUAUAUUUCGAUGGGUUUCUUAUUAGGAAUCAUGCGAUCAUUAUGAGGACGAUCUCGUUUGCUGUGGAAUUCUGGAGCGAGGGAACUCAACAGGCUCAUUUUCUUCGUCACGAGGGCUAUACGUCGCCUAUUGGAGCAUAUCUUACGGGGUCGUCACUAGCUGGAGUACUUGAACUGGAGUGCGCGGAGAUCGUUCUCGGACCAUUCCCUCUUUUAGCUGAGAAUAUUCAGGUUUAUAAGCCUGAUGUAACCGACCUCAAUUUGGACUGUGAAGCACGAGAAUUCUGGAUCCAUACGUUCGAGAGGAGUGUUGACAGUGUGAUCAAGAAAGCGGUUGAGUCUCAGGAAAACUGCAGUACUGCUGUUCAACGAGUGCAAGUAUUUCGAGAAAAAUUCCUUGAACAAUUAACGAUUAUAAGGGAAAAACCUUUCGCUUACGGGAACUCAAACGUGCGGAACCUACUUGAUCUUCGAGAACAGUUGCUCAAUGAACAAGAUUUCGACGAUUCAUAUUUGAAUGUAAGUGCAUUUUGCUUCAGUAGGUUUUGUGCUGUAUUACGAGCCUUUUUUAAGCAAAAAACUAUGGAAAAUGCUGCUGCUGUGGGCCAAUUGCCAUCUUUGUUAAAAUCUAUUGAUGAGAUCGUCAGUGACCCUCAACGGCUGUUUCGCGUUACGCGAGGGCUACUCGCUGGUAACGUUUUUGACUGGGAUAGACCGUGGCUGAUUGAUGCCUAUGAUGAAUUUAAGUCGUCCUUGGAAUCUAAGACAUAUAAUUGUGCAGCAAUAUUUGUUGAUAAUAGUGGUGCAGACUUCAUUCUUGGUGUUAUUCCAUUCGCCAGGGAGUUGCUGAGACGUGGUUGUAAAGUAAUCAUGAUAUCAAAUCUAUCACCGGCUCUCAAUGACUUAACAUACCGGGAGAUGAUGGAACUGGUUCCCCUUCUUCGAAAGGCGGAUGAGAAUCUUGCUAUUGCCAUCGAUAAUGGGAGACUCAUGUUCGAGCACAACGGCCAGGGUUCUCCUUGUCUCGAUCUGCGGAAAGUGUACACUGGUUUGAACCGUCGAGUUAUUGAUGAGCAAGUUGAUCUGGUUGUGAUCGAAGGUAUGGGACGUGCGCUGCAUACGAAUCUUCACGCACACUUCCAAUGCGAUUCGCUGAAAGUCGAAGCUCUGAAAGAACAGGAACGAGAAAUCGGUGCCCGCCCAAUUCAUCUAUUGAGUGCUUUCCCGGUCUAA